AUGUCUUCAGCUACAUCUGUUGAAGUCAAAUAUGCUCCUGAAUUUGUUAAAAUUAGACCAUCCAAUCCAGUAGGAGUGAAAGGACAAAGUAUCACUUUAAACUGUUCUGCUGAUGGUAAUCCCUCUCCAGAUUAUGAAUGGAGAGGAGGCAAGAGUGCAAAAGGAUCUGCUCUGGAACUAACAUCACUUGAAUUUAAAGAUGAAGGGACAUACAGAUGUGUUGCUAGAAACACUAUUGAAGCUGGUGCAAAGUCCAGUAGGACAUCAGUACAGUUGAUAAUUGAAGGUCCUCCACAGAGAUGUGUUGUGUUGUCAGUCAAAAGCUAUCAUGACUCAGAAGUGAAUGUCAAAGUCAACUGUCCUGAAAAUGGAAACUCAAGUGUAACUGAAUAUCGUAUAGAAUAUCAGUUGGAUGAUGGCACCAGCAACAUGCUGUGGGAACAAAGAGAAUUCAGUGCUACUGAUUCUCAACCGUUUGUUGUUGUUGGUCUAAGUCCAUUUACAAAGUACAGAUUUAGAGCAACAGCAAGCAACAGGCAUGGCUAUGAACCUGGAAGUUUGGCAGCUGUUAAUGUGGUGCCUGUGACUACUGCUGAAGGCUAUUUUAUUAUUACUUUAAUUGCACCAACUCCACCUCAGAAUUUGAGAAAUUCAGGUGUGACAUCAAGCUCAAUUACUCUACAAUGGGAGAGGCCUAUUAGCUUUAAUGGUGCUUUUCAGUACUACAAUGUUUACAACAGUAUUGGUGAUGCUUCGUACAGCAAGAGUUUUGACAUUGCGAGUCAUGACAAUCUAUACACCUUGAAGGGCCUCACACCAUAUACUGAGUACAAAGUAUAUGUGACAGUAACGAAUAACGGAAAUUCCAAUCCAGAAAGUUCCCCUAGUAACAUGAUUGUAGUGCGCACACUGGCAACUUCUCCUCAGACACCAGACAAAUCUUUACCUAAUGAUGUUGCAUCAACAUCAACUGUAGUAUUUGUACCUCCUACUGUGAAUGAUGAAAAUGGUCCAAUAGAGGUACCACUGGAUCUAAUGCUUCUUCUGUAUCUGAUGUACCACGUACUGUUGGACCGUAUGAGCAAGAGGGCACAGACAACACAUGGUAUGUAA